AUGAUUUACGCGCAACUUCGAGCAUUAGUCGAAGGGCUCCUUCGCCGCGAUCUGCUGAUUGUUGUCUGGGACUGGAAUGGCCAGACUGGACCCGCACUACUACAAAUAACUGCUAAUCUGGUACUCAAACGACCAGUCCGUGAUACUGGAAAACUCUGCCAAAUUAUCCGCAAGGUUAGUAUUGAGCUCUCUUCACUGAGUGACUCAGUUCAUGAUGUGAAUGUGGUUUGUUUUGCUGACAAAUCGGCCAAGGUCAAGCCCUGGUCUGAGCACUUCGAGUACCUCCUCAAUCACGAUACCUAA